AUGUUCGAUUAUUCUUACUCGUCAGUCAACAUUACUGGUACGGUAGAAAUAUAUUCCACCACCCGCCUACUAUUAAACGCUAAAGCAAUUCUUAACUCAGGGCACAUAUACCUGAGAAACAUGAAGGGUACUAAAAAUCGGGUACUAUAUACCACCUCCUCUUUGCAAAGUUUUAUGAAUAAGGGCAAAAUAACCCUUGAAAGCACGGAUAACUCCAAACCUUUACAGUUUCAAAUGAUGAGUGUAAACGAUGGACUGAUAACCAUGAAAGGACAACCGCCAUUAUUUGAAUUAACGACGGUGACUGUUGAAGAUAAACAUUGGAUUCGAAUAUAUGGAACUUUGCAAGGAUCGGGAACGAUUCAGGCAAAAAAUUUGGUUUUACACUUGUAUCAGAAACUCAGAGCAUCGUCUUGCAAGAUUCAGUCAUAUUUAUUGAUGAUUUUGGACCUUUUAAUAUCUCCGUUCUUGGACUGA